ACCUAAAGCCAGCCCCAGACAGACACUGCUUUUUCUUAUCAUCAAUUUCAGAUAAAUUUCCCACUCAUAAAAUAGAAUUAAAGUUAUAUAAAAAAAAAAAUACCCACUCCCAUCCCAUCCCAUCCCAUCCCAUCCCAUCAUCUUCUUUGUUUCUCCUGCCACCCAUUUCCCCAUUAUCAUUUUCGAUCCCACCUCCAUUUUAUUAUUAUUCUUCAUAGUUGUUGUUCAUGGACAGCUACUGAAGUCAGAUUCUUAUUUAUCUUCUUUUUUUUUUCGUUUGAAUCGCCAGCAGCCGCUAUAUUUUGAUUUCAACGCACUUACAGCUACACAAACGCAAAGGUUGAUAUGCUAACCGAGUAAUGGAGGUCAAGUAUAUUAUGAAAUGGAAUGUUUUGAAAAAAGGUCGUACCAGUAUUACUAGACGCCCAAGAAAGCCCGGGGCUGAGACCGGUGAAUAUCUCAACAGAUUACACCAACUCUUUCAAACCAACAAGAAAUUGACUAACAGAAGGAAGCGGUUGCGCAAAUCCCCUUUGUGUGAAGGGGAUCCAUCCCGGACACCUGCUCUUCUCCAUGAAGAUUCAGGUCAGCGUUCACUAUCACGUUGUCAGAAUACAAAGUCUAAAACUCCAUUGAGAAAAACCAAUGGAUUGAAGUCGAAAAGGAAAGUGGUACUUGGUCUGAAUGACUUUUCGGGUAUUCAACUUCUUGCUGCUGCUGCAUGCAGUAGCUUCAUUCUUGAUCACGUGGAUGAUUUUUCUGUAUUGGAAGAACACGCUGCACCGGGAGUUAGUACAGAUGGUUUGUCGAUCCAGGAUAACGUGAUUCUUGAUACGCGAGAUAAUGGGAAAGAAGGGGAGGAGGAAAAGGCUGACUCUUCAAAAGGGUUAAGGUUACAUUGGGAUUUAAAUACCAUUAUGGAUGAGUGGAAGGAACCUUGGGAUCUGCAGGUUGAACCUCACUCUCGACAAGAUUGUUCAAUGAAGUUGAAUUUACAAGGUUAUGAAAGUAGAUUUACUAAUGGUGCAGUAAUUGGUGAAGAGAUAAGCAUGGUGGAUCAUGUGCCCGCCAAUCAAAUAUCUGGUAAGCAUGAUGGUUCUAUCCCCGUCGUGCCCUUGGAUGAGAAUCGUUAUGGUGAUUUUUCUGGGAGAACGUCUGAAUUAAAUGAAGAUUUGACUUGCUCACGGCAGGUGGUUGGUACAAAUAUGAUUACUAGUAGGACUUCAGAUGGUGAGAGUUCUGUAACUUUAAGUAAAUCAGUUGUAGUUGACUCGCUGAUUCAUCCGGUCAAGUGUGAAGAUUUUGUCACUUCAACCACAUCAGUUUUACGAGAAGAAACCGUUGUGAAGGGCGAAUUAGGCGUAGUGUGUAAGUUGGAUGUGCAGCCUGUUUCUGAAGAAGUAAUGCAAGGUGUGUGCCUAUCUCCGAAACUGAGCAAAAGCUAUUGCGAUAGUAAAGGUACUUCGGAAGGUCCUCUCAGUGAGUGCUGUGGCUCAAAUGUUACUCAAGAUGAGCCCUGCCACAUGGCCGAGGGAGAUUCAAAAGACAAACUUCAGGUUGGUUAUGAUUCUCCAUUUGAAGAUGGUGAAUUGAGAGAGCCAAUAGAAAAUGCUUUUUCAGUAACAGAGACCGAAAAUCCUUUGUCAGCAAAAGUAAGAGUGAGUCCAGAGCUUGGUCAAAAUGUGGAAAAUCAAAACUUCUUGUUUGCGCAGAAUGCAAUUCCUAAAAGUGACAUCAGGGAGGAUCCUCUACCAGAUACUUUUGAAAGACCACAUAUUAAUGAAUCAGGAAAAGUUUUUUGUGAAAGGAAAGACGGGCAUGAUGAAUCAAGGCCACCUGGAGGGAAUUUAUCACAUAAUGAUGAAUCAAGAUCUUUUGAUGUGUGUAGGACAACUGAACGCCAAAGCAGGUGUGGUAAUACUGGAGAUUCCAAUUAUCGAUCAAGGUGGGAUCUGCGCAAUGAAAAGUCAAUGGGAAGGGGCUCAGGUUUUUUCCAAGACUGCUCACGCAAUGAUAUGAGUGUUGAUUACUCCACGAGAGUUUGGGGCUUGAAGAGCAGUCAUGAGUAUGAGAGACCUAAAAAUGAUACUAGAAACUAUGAUUCAAGAGGUGGCUACAGGAGCCAACACAGAAGGUCCUCACCAUCCGAAAGAAACAAUGGUUAUGGUAGUAAUAGAGGACAACCAGCAAGAAGCUUUAGCCGUGAUCGUUACAGAGAUGGAUCUGGAUUUCAUACACAAGGAUACCAUGAUUCUAAACCACGUUAUGUAGACCGAAAACAACGUUUUUCCUCCAAUUUCAGUAAACCUGGUACCAGAUCCCGUUCAAGAUCCCGUUCAGGGUCUCCUAUUGCUUGGCAUUUUCAGAAGCGCAAGAAUUUGGAUGCAAGCAAUUCCGGUGAGAUAGAAGCUACAACCAAAGGUCAUGUGUCUCCAGAAUUUCCUUUCAAAUGUUCUGAUGAGCGAAGAUUUAGGGACGUCCAAUAUAGAGACAGAAGAAAAUCACCAGGCUCAAUGACUCGGCGAAACCAAAGAUUGGAAUCACUUGGUUAUCCUGAGAGAUUGAAGGUGGAUGAUCAGUCUUGGUCCGCUCAACGUCCUGCAAGGUUUUCACAGAUGACUGAUCAGAAAUACAAGGAUAAUAAUGAUGAUUUUAGGAAACAUGACGGUUGCUAUGAAAAAGUGACUCAAGUGGCGCAUCCUGAUAAUGAUGAUGGUGUGAGGCAGUUUAGGUAUGUGGCGGACCACCAUAACUUCAAUAGUUUUUCCAAAGAUACUGGUAAGGAGGAUACCAUGGUUGUACCAGAGAGUAAAAAGUUAGGAGAAAGGCCCUAGAAUCAAUUAUUCUUUUUUCUCUACCUUCAAUUUUUUGUUUCUUUUAUAUAGUCUAAAGAGCAGUUAUGAAAGCUAGCCAGACUUAGGACCAAACCUGCUAGAGUUUUUGUCAUGAGGGAUAAGUAGGACACUUUUUUGUUAUGAUCCAUGUCCUGUUUUUUGUCUGGUCAAAUACCAUUUGAUGGAGUGGUUCUCUCUUUGGCCAUCCCCUCAUUUAGAGAAGAAAAGGAACUAGUUUUGGUUUAGCUAUUACAUUACUUUAUAGUCUUUGGUCGCUAUGCUGUAUCGUUCGCUUCAUGUUUAUUGUGAAUAUAUCGAAAAUUUAUAUUA